AUGACCGUGAACACAACGGAGGACCUCUCUCAACUGCUUGCGCACAAUGAUAAGCUUCGCAUGCGGGUGCUAGAAAAUGAACGUGCAGAGAAGUACCCGAGUGGAACCAAAACGAAUGUGAGGGAUAGCAAAGGCAGUUCCUCGCAUGGGCGUCAGCAGCUGCGAAAGACAACCGCGGUGAUUGAAUGGGCGUUGCAUCGUGAGCAGGUCCGCCAAGAGCUGCGCGGGGAGAGGGAGUAUUUGAUAUCGCUUCGGAAUCAGCUUCGUAAUAAGGUUUUUUAUAAGAAGCGAUUGCACUCCUAUUUUUCCCUCAUUGAGGAUUGCAAGGCCGAUAUAUCGAGGCUCACGGAGGAAAAACGCGCACUGUCACUGACAAUUCUCCAUAAUGAGAAGGUGCUCAUUAACAACGAGGUUGGGCAGGCCUCGGAGAUGAUGAACAAGCGACUCAGGGAGGAGAUACGGGCUGAAACGGUUCUGACGCAUCGUUCCUUUGAAAAGGCUCAGCACGAAGCAACCGAGGCGAUGAAGAUGUACCAAGACGCAGAAGUUCGCGUGCAGCAAUUAGAGGAGCAGCUGGAGCUGGCGAAUAAAAAGCAGGAUGAAACAAAGAACAAUGAUCCGGAGUUGCGUGGGCUUAUCGAGGAGAACCAACGGAGGGUCCAGGAAAUUCAGCAACUGCGGCGGGAACUGCGCCAGUUGAGAUCAGGGAAGCCGGACGCCGCGCGACACGGCUCCAAGAAGGGCAGUACGAAAGACGCUGACAAAGAGCGAGCCAAUCUUGUCAUGCGCAUCCGCCAGUUGCGGAAGGAGUUGAAUAAUUUAUCAGCAAAUGCCAACCAACAAAAAGUGCAUGAAGAGCUGAAGCAGAGUGAGGCCCCGCUAUUAAAUGGGGUUAACCACACGGAUUACCCAGAGGAGGAUUCAACAAAGAAGCUUCACCCCGAUGGGGCGAACGCCUCUCCGAGCAUUGAGGAAGGCGAUAAGAGACGGGAAUUGGUGUUGGAGGAAGGAACUACGCGAAGGGCACCAAACUCUUGGUCUCUGAGUGCUGCAAAUGCAGUGAGUGAGCCCAAGGGAGAUUCUAUUGAAAGAGCGAUAGAUAAGCUUAAGCACCGUGUAGAACAGGGCCAGACCAGGGUGAAAACGAUGCCUGCCGAGCAAUGCAGUUCUGUAAUUUCCACGGAUGGCACGACAAAGCUGGAAGCAGACCACGCCUCCUCGUGUAUGGAGGUGCAUUCUUCAAACGACAGACCCAGGGAUCUGAGCUUUCUUGAGGAUGAGAAUGUUCCGGUGUUGGAGGCUAAGCAUCAAGCUGAAUUGCACGCACCAGUACCGGAUAAUGAAGUCAGUGAUGAAGCUCAAAGAGACCUUCCAAUGCCGGAGAAGGAUCCCGAGGAUGAAGCUGCAUCAGUACCACUGACACCUGAGAAGACAAAAGAAAAAGAGGAACAGGAGAAGGAUGAUAACUAUACAGCUCCGUCGUGGCUUGAGGAUGCUGGUUCCAGUACUGGGGAUACGCCAGAGGACAAAAAUUUGCAGAUCACCAACGCAACCGUUUCUUCCCUGAGUGAGCACUAUAAAGCUGGGGAUGGUGACGUUUCUGCAAAUGCGCUGGCGGAAGUGCAUGCCGACACGGACAGCAAGGCCGGUACAGACAGCAAGGCCGGCACUGAGGUGGAAACGGCGUCUGAAGAAGAAAAUCUACAGAGUGAGGUUGAAGAGGAGGAUGUUACCCCUGAAAGGGAGGCGAGUGCAAAAUUAGAUGAUGCUGCCUCUCCUGCAUCGCCUCUGGGCGAACCUUCGUGGCUCAAUAGUGACUAA